UUGAUGUCAUAGACCCAACAAAAAUGUGUUCUUUCUUCUUGUGCCAAACAGGUAAACAGUCAAAAAUAUCAAUGGGAGAAGAAAACCAAACCUUUGUGUACAAGUUUAUCUUCCUGGGCCUUUCACAGGACUUGCAGACCCAGAUCCUCCUAUUUAUCCUUUUCCUCAUCAUUUAUCUGCUGACCCUGCUUGGAAACCUGCUCAUCAUCAUUCUUGUCUUCAUGGAUUCUCGCCUUCACACACCCAUGUAUUUUUUUCUUAGAAAUCUUUCCUUUGCAGAUCUCUGUUUCUCUACUAGCAUUGUCCCUCAGGUGUUGGUUCACCUCCUGGUAAAGAGGAAAACCAUUUCUUUUUAUGGGUGUAUGACACAGAUAAUUGUCUUUCUUCUGGUUGGGUGUACAGAGUGUGCACUGCUGGCCGUGAUGUCCUAUGACCGGUAUGUGGCUGUCUGCAAGCCCUUGCACUACUCCACCAUCAUGACCCAACGGGUGUGUCUCUGGUUGUCCCUUGGGUCCUGGGCCAGUGGGGCACUGGUGUCUUUAGUAGAUACCGUCUUUACUUUCCAUCUUCCCUACUGGGGAGAGAACACUAUCAAUCACUACUUUUGUGAACCUCCUGCCCUUCUGAAGCUGGCUUCUGCAGACACUUACAGCACAGAAAUGGCCAUUUUUUCAAUGGGCGUGGGGAUCCUCCUGGCCCCUGUCUCCAUGAUUCUUGUUUCUUAUUGGAAUAUUAUCUCCACUGUUAUCCAGAUGCAGUCUGGGGAAGCAAGGCUCAAGGCUUUUUCCACCUGUGGCUCCCAUCUUAUUGUUGUUGUCCUCUUUUAUGGGUCAGGAAUUUUCACCUACAUGCGGCCAAACUCCAAGACUACAAAAGAAUGGGAUAAAAUGAUAUCUGUGUUCUAUACAGUGGUGAGUCCAAUGCUGAACCCCAUAAUUUAUAGUCUGAGGAACAAAGAUGUGAAAGGGGCUCUCAGGAAACUGGCUGGGAGAAAGUCCUUCUCUCAUAGGCAGUGACCUCUGAGUCUGACUUUUAGAGCUAUGGUAACAUCCUUUAAAAAA